AUGGGGGGCUCUGCUGCUCCUGCGGGCGACUGGGCGCUGUGGCAGAUGGUGGACUCGCUGUACCCGACGGGGGGCUUCGCGCACUCGCUGGGGCUGGAGGCUGCGACGCAGGAGGGGCUCGUGUCCUCGUCCUCCUCCCUGCGCGACUUCCUGUCCGCGUCGCUGCACCAGAGCGCCAACUUCGCGCUGCCCAUUGUCUUCUCCUCGCAUCAGAUCGGCGCGGAAUCAGACCCCGCGGCGCUCGUGGAGGCCGCGCUGCAGCUCAACAGCCGCGCCACCGCGCUCUACUCGAACCACGUGGCGCGCAAGGCCUCGCUGGCCCAGGGCGCGGCGCUGCUGAGACUCGCGCUGUCCACGUACGCGCCGAGCCACCCGCGCGUGCAGACGCUGCUGAGCCUCCGCAAAGAGGCCAAGAAGCGCAAACAGCCGGGCGUGCACCACGCCGUGCUCUUCGGACUGGUCUGCGGCCUGCUGGGCGUGGAGGCCGAGCCCACGCAGCGCAUGUACCUGUUCGUGACCACGCGCGACGUGCUGAGCGCGGCCACGCGACUCAAUCUGGUGGGACCGAUGGAGGCUGCCAAGCUGCAGUUCGAGGCCACGCCGUUGCUGGAGAAGGUGUUCCAGGAGAAGAAGAACCGCCCGGUAGAGCUGUCCUACUCGUCGGCACCCGUGCUGGACCUCGUCCAGGCGAUGCACGACCAGCUCUACACGCGCAUUUUCAACAGCUAG